CAAGUACUCAAACCCUCGCCACUUAACAGUUCAUUCUCUCCUUCCCUUCUGCUUCCUCCGGCAAAUCGUCUGAGAGCUUUCGUCGCUCGAAGUCCUCGGAGAACAGAAACAUGGCUGCCGCUGCUACUGGAGACGUCUCCGUCAAGGCUGGGACCGUCAAGGACGUGUCUCCUCACGAGUUCGUCAAGGCUUAUGCCGCCCACCUCAAGCGAUCUGGCAAGAUCGAGCUUCCCCCAUGGAUCGAUAUUGUGAAGACUGGUAAGCUGAAGGAGCUUGCCCCUUAUGAUCCUGACUGGUAUUACAUUAGAGCUGCCUCAAUGGCAAGGAAGGUUUACUUGAGAGGAGGUCUUGGUGUCGGUGCUUUCCGUAGGAUCUACGGUGGAAGCAAGAGGAACGGAAGCCGCCCUCCUCAUUUCUGCAAAAGCAGUGGUGCUAUUGCUCGCCACAUUCUUCAUCAGCUGCAGCUGAAUAACAUUGUCGAACUCGAACCCGCAGGUGGGAGGAAGAUCACUUCGAAUGGCCAGAGGGAUCUCGACCAAGUCGCUGGGCGGAUUAUGGUUGCUCAUUGAAAGACUCGAAAACGCUGAAGAUGCUUAGCUGAAGCAUGUGAAGGGAGAGGAUUGUUAAAGAGGUUUGAUGUCUAGAUUCCUAGCUUACUUGGUCUUUUUUUGAAAGAUGUGAAUGCUUUGUGGCGGAUAAUAAGUAAAUCAGAUGUAGCGAAUUAUGUGUAAUGUCUUGAGUUUGGCGCUUCUCUCUUGGAGAUGAGCUUUUCUCCUGGUAAGGUUUAAAGGGAAUAUCCAGAUACGGUUGUUUUCAAAGACCAACUGUUGAAAAACCAGACAAAGGUGCUGUGUUUGGAUCUGGAACACAGUGAAUACCUAACACCAAACAGCGCCUAAUCUUCUUCUAUUGGUUUUUACUCGGCAAGAAGGAUUCCUCUAGGUUUGAUGAACAGUAUUUUUCAUUUCAGUUAGGUAGGGGGUGCUGAAUCUGUUCAGUAAAUGAAUCUGUCGUCCUUUUGUCAAUACAAACUCAAGCCUACUUGCUCUUCCUCUAUCUACGACUUCUUGUGAUCUCUCUGUCUCCACUGUUCUUCAAUAACAGAAACAGUUUGGUGC